AUGAAUAGCAUCAAAAAGUCUAUUAUAGAGUCUUCAUUGGGGGACAGAUGCAAAUUGUCUGGCGUUUAUCCUACUCAAGUCAUUUUUAGGAAUUUGAUCCGUGGGAAGAAGUUCUUAUUUGUGUUGGAUGACUACUGGAGUGAGGAAUAUAUGAAUUGGGAUAUGUUAUGUUCACCCUUCAAAGUAGGGGCUAGAGGAAGCAUGAUCAUUUUGACUACGCGCAACACUAUAGUGUCGCAAAUUCUUGGAAAUGCUCCUGCGUAUUGUUUGGAAAGCUUGAAUGAUGAAAAUUGUUGGGAAUUGAUGAAGCAAAGGGCGUAUAGAACUCUGGACAACGACUUAGAAAGAAUCGGUAGGAUGCUCGCAACAAAAUGUCGAGGGUUGCCUUUAACAGCCAAGACCCUUGAGAGCAUGCUGCAUUUCAAAGAUGAUCCAGUAGGAUGGAGAUCUAUUUUAGGAAGUGAAAUAUGGGACUUGCCAAACAUGCAUUUGAAGCGAAAGAGCUGGUCUUGCUAUGGAUUCAUUCUUCUGAUUGGUAAAUUAUUGCCAGAAGACCUUAGCAAUGAUUACUUCGAGGGUUUAUGGUGUAGGACUUUGUUCCAAUAUUCACAUCAUCAGAAAGUCUAUUAUAGAGUCUUCAUUGGGGGAAGAUGCAAAUUGUCUGGCCUUUAUCCUAUUCAAGUCAGUUUUAGGAAUUUGAUCCGUGGGAAGAAGUUCUUACUAGUGUUGGAUGACUACUGGAGUGAGAAAUAUAAGGAUUAUGAUAUGUUAUAUUCACAAGUAGGGGCUAGAGGAAGCAUGAUCAUUUUGACCACGCGCCACACUAUAGUGUCGCGAAUUCUUGGCAAUGCUCCUGCGUAUUGUUUGGAAAGCUUGAAUGAUGAAAACUGUUGGGAAUUGAUGAAGCAAAGGGCGUAUAGAACUCUGGACAACGACUUAGAAAGAAUCGAGAGGAUGAUCGCAACAAGAUGUCGAGGGUUGCCUUUAGCAGCCAAGACCCUUGGGAGUGUGCUGCAUUUCAAAGAUGAUCUAGUAGGAUGGAGAUCUAUUUUAGAAAGUGAAAUAUGGGACUUGCGGCAAGAUAAAAUGACAUUUUCACAGCUCUAA